AUGACACGAGAACAAUACAUACUAGCAACACAACAGAAUAACCUGCCAAGGGCUGAGAAUGCACAACUGUACCCAGUGGGAAUUUACGGAUGGCGAAAGAGGUGCUUAUACUUCUUUGUCCUUCUGCUGUUGGUUACCAUGAUAGUUAACUUAGCCAUGACAAUAUGGAUAUUGAAAGUUAUGAAUUUCACUGUGGAUGGUAUGGGAAAUCUGAGAGUCACCAAGAAGGGAAUCCGACUUGAAGGUAUAUCUGAGUUUCUACUUCCAUUGUAUGUGAAAGAAAUUCAUUCCCGAAAGGAUAGUCCACUGGUCUUACAGUCUGACAGGAAUGUAACAGUGAAUGCAAGAAAUCACAUGGGGCAGUUAACUGGACAGCUGACAGUAGGAGCUGAUGCUGUGGAAGCUCAGUGUAAAAGAUUUGAAGUGAGAGCGAGUGAAGAUGGCAGGGUGCUGUUUUCUGCAGAGGAAGAUGAGAUUACCAUUGGGGCUGAAAAGCUGAAAGUUACAGGCACUGAAGGAGCAGUAUUUGGGCACUCUGUUGAAACACCUCACAUCAGAGCAGAACCUUCCCAAGACCUCAGGCUUGAAUCACCGACCAGGUCCUUGAUAAUGGAAGCUCCUCGAGGGGUCCAGGUGAGUGCAGCUGCAGGAGACUUCAAGGCCACCUGCAGGAAGGAGCUCCAUUUGCAGUCUACAGAGGGGGAGAUAUUUUUGAAUGCGGACACAAUUCGGCUGGGAAAUCUGCCGACUGGCUCUUUCUCAUCUUCACCCAGCUCCUCAAAUGCUCAACAGACAGUGUAUGAAUUGUGUGUCUGCCCCAAUGGCAAACUUUACCUUUCUCCAGCAGGAGUAGGUUCCACUUGUCAGUCCAGUAGCAACAUCUGCUUGUGGAGCUGAAGUGACUGAUUUCUCCUCACACCAGAAUAGCCUUUUGUUCCUGUCCGUCUGCUUCACAAUUCUGCUCGGUUUCCCUUGUGAUAAGUCCAGAGCUUCUUCAAAUGGUCCACAGAGCAACCUCUUCCAGCAUAAACAGGGAUUCGCCGCCACUUUCUCUUGUGAUUUACUGUACUGCUCAACACAGAGAGUUUGAGCGACACAAUCGUGGAAAAAUCAUCUUAAAAAAAGGGAGAAUAACAUAGGUGCCUUUGCUACAUGAAGUGAAGCACACAGUUUUAGAUUUUUGCAGGACCUGGAUAUGAACUGCACAUAUAUACAUUACAUAGAUGAAAUUCCCAGUAUCCAAUGGCAAGAUGAAAUGGUUAACCUUGUAAGAAAACUAAUUCUACAGUCUGAAAGCACAAUUUUCCAUUCAUCUUUUUGGAUGUAAACUUUUUUCCCCGAAUUUUAAAUUUUUAAAGCAUUAUGUAAUGCUUGCUUUACUAAAAAUUAAAUUCAAUACAUGAUUUUUAACAAAACAAAACAAGACAGAA